GCUUGGGCGCCACUUGGUCUCGGCCUAUUAGCGUUCUCACUAAGACCUCUGCUCUCGUGGGUAGAAGAAAGCCGCUGCUGUUUCAGGAAGGAAGGUGUCGUACAGAGAGCAGAAGGGAGUCCCCUCACCAUGUGGCUGUGCCUGGCGGCCCUCGUGGGCCUUUACUUCCUCCUGCGCUGGUACCGGGAGAGGCAGGUGGUGAGCCACCUCCGAGACAAGUACGUCUUCAUCACGGGCUGUGACUCGGGCUUCGGGAACCUGCUGGCCCGGCAGCUGGACCUGCGAGGCUUGAGGGUGCUGGCCGCGUGUCUGACGGAGGAGGGGGCCCAGCAGCUGAGAGGCCAGACGUCAGACAGGCUGGAGACCGUGAUCCUGGACGUCACCAAGACAGAGAGCAUAUCGGCAGCCACUCAGUGGGUGAGGGAGCGUGUCGGGGACAGAGGACUCUGGGGCAUGGUCAACAAUGCAGGCAUCUUCCACCCACACUGCUACAUCGAGUGGCUGAAGAUGGAAACCUAUAUGGAAGUCUUCAAAGUGAACCUCAUUGGUUUGAUUGAGUUGACCUUGAGCAUGCUUCCCUUGGUGAGGAGAGCACGUGGGAGGAUUGUUAAUGUCUCCAGCAUUCUGGGAAGAAUUGCUUCCUUUGGAGGAAUCUACUGUAGCUCCAAGUAUGGAGUAGAAGCCUUUUCAGAUAUUCUGAGGCGUGAGCUUCAACAUUUUGGGGUGAAAAUUAGCAUAGUUGAGCCUGGCUACUUCAGAACCGGAAUGACAGAGUUGCAGCGGUGCCUGGAGAAACUCAAGCAAGCCUGGGAAGAAGUCCCUGAACAUGUUAAAGAAGCCUAUGGACAGAAGUUUUUUGAUGCCCAUUACAAUGGCGUCAAACAAGAGCUGUUGAAAUGUAGCACAAACCUGAACCUCGUCACUGACUGCAUGGAACAUGCUUUGACAUCUGUGUAUCCCCGCACUCGAUACUCAGCUGGUUGGGAUUCUCAGUUUUUUUUCAUUCCUCUGUCCUAUUUACCUACAUCACUGUCAGACUACAUACUGACUAGGUCCUGGCCCAAACCAGCCCAGGCUGUCUGAAGAAAACUGGUUUGAUUGCUCUCAAAAUGAAGAAGACGAAAGUCCGAAAUUGAUACUUAGUGUCUCAGUACUCCUUAUUAGGAACUAACAUGUUUAUAGUCCAGAUAUCCAAAGCUUAUUCCUUGAGGAAUUUUUACUAUUUUAAGAAUUUUUUGAUGAGAAUAUUUCCAAAAUACAUCAUUCUUCUUUGCCUGUUAAACAGAAUAAACAGAAAAUAAUUCAA